AUGAUGCGCGCCCUUCGUUUGGUUGGCGCAUGGCCUACUGCUUGCAGCAUUGCCCUAGUGCAAGCCAACAACUAUAUUGAAACGGAUGAACCAAAUGUCACUGCAGUACUAGGAGGCUAUGGGAUCGAUGUGUCUAGUCUACCUGUUCUGACGAACCUGCCCGAACAGUCGACGAGUUCGUCCUGUUCAGCGGCUUGCCAAAGCCUCCACUCCCUCCAUGGCUCUGACAGAGUUCUGAUCCAGGACACUGCCACCCACGCCGACUUCAAGGGCUCCUUCUGGUCCAAUCAGCAGGCGGAAGUCCAGCCUUACUGCAUUUUUAAGCCUGCCGUUAACACGGAUGUUGCCGUUGCUGUGCUGCUAUCACGGUUGACCGGCUGUCCGUUUGCGGCUAAAGGUGGAGGCCACGUGCCCUUCAGAGGCGCGUCUAAUAGCCCUGGUGGGAUCACCAUCUCGUUCGCAAAUAUGAACGAUGUAAGCCUGAGCGAGGAUCGUUCAGUCGCAUCCAUCGGUCCAGGGAACGUUUGGGGCCGAGUUUAUGGGAUUCUAGAGCCGUACGGGCUAGCCGUUAUCGGCGGUCGGGAGACCAGCAUCGGUGUGGGAGGUUUGGUCACUGGUGGAGGCAUUUCCUUUUACUCCAACCAAUAUGGUUUGGCUUUGGACAAUGUGGAGAGUUUCGAGGUCGUGAUAGCGAGUGGCCAUAUUGUGACCGCCAGCGCAACUCACUACCCCGACCUAUACUGGGCUCUCCGCGGUGGAGGCAACAACUUCGGUCUCAUUACUAGGUUCAACCUGUAUACCAUCCCAAGUUCGACGAUGCGCCGUAGUAGGCGUGUCUAUAUGGAGACUCAGAUCCCCGACGUCGCCAAUGCUUUCGCAAGCUUUGCCCGAGCGGGCCCAUCUGAUGGUAACGCCCAGCAGAUCGUGGUAUUUGGUCGCUCGGAAGGAAAGAAUUUUGUACAAGCAGAGCUCACCUACCUCAUCGAUGUGGCAGACCCAGCCAGCUUCAGGCCGUAUAAAACCAUCCCCGCAGUCUCUGACACCACUGAGUCCAUCAACCUUGUGCAGUAUUCCGAAAAGAUCGAAGCUAUUGAUACGCACAGUGGGCACCGCAACGUGUUUUGGACAAUUACGGUGCUGCUAGAUGAGUCUUUCGCGAGCUGGGCAGCUCAAUAUUUCUUAGAGAUCCUGUCGCAGGUGGCAAACGUCUCAGGUGUGAGCCCCUCGGUGGUUUACCAGACACUAACGGAACCAAUGCUAGCGAACAUGACCAAGUAUGGAGGCAAUGCGUUAGGUCUGGAUAACACCCAGGGCCCGUUGCAUGUUUUUAAUGUGGAUUUCGCAUGGGACAACGCCGCGGACGAUGAGACUAUCUACGCUUUUAUUCACGGUUACUGCAACACCGUCAUCGGCGAAGCCAAGAAGCGUGGAAUCGCCCAUGAUUUUAUUUUUAUGAAUUACGCUAGUCAGUUCCAGGAUGUCAUUGCUAGCUAUGGAGCGGAUAGUAAUGCUCGUCUGAAAAAAACGCUGCAGCCAGGGCACUUUAAGUUGAAAGGCGCACCUGUGGUAUAUUGA